GGUUCGCCCUUUUUUUUCCCCCGUCCACUUCACUUUCCCCUUCCUCCUCUCACCUACGCGCACGCGCGCACACAAGAACCAGAGGAGGGCACGAUCUGCAGACAGCUAUAUAGUCGUCGGUUCCUGCGUCUAUCCGAGCUGCUCCGGCGGCCGCCGGUGCUGCUUCACCUCUUGGACCAAUCUCUCAAUCAACCCACGCCAAGGUGUCAGUUCUGGAGGGUUAUCUAGAGAUAUAUACAUUGAACGGUCCUCAAUGGAUUUGAAUGCAUCACCAUUGCCUGAGGAAGAUGACCAGACUUAUGAGGAGCCGGUUGAUAUUGAUUUUGGACAGGAUGAGGAUCAUAUCGAGUCUGCUGUUGAGAUCAUGCGAAGGGAACGUGAAGAAAGACGCAGAAAGUUAAAGAGAGAUCAGCCAGAUGAUGGACCAAGGCCACGCCCUCAACAGAUAAGGAAUGAUCAUAUGGCCCAAAGACAAGUUGGUGGAUACAAACGAGUAAAAGAGACACCCCAGGGUUGGUUGGAUUGCCCUGCAACUGGCCAGCCAAUAGAUAAAAUCAUACCUUCUAAAGUUCCGCUAGAUGAGACAUUUAAUGAGUCGGUGCCUCCUGGAAAAAGAUAUUCGUCCAAACAAGUUGUUAAUAAACAAAGAAAGGCUGGCAGAGAUAUAGGUUUGGUGAUUGACUUGACAAAUACCUCUCGGUACUAUUCACCAUCAGAGUGGACAAAGCAAGGUACUAAACAUGUCAAGAUUGCCUGCAGGGGAAGAGACGCCGUACCAGAAAAUGAAGCUGUUAAUACGUUUGUGUAUGAGGUGUUGGCGUUUCAUGAGCGCCAAAAGCCAUCAAGGAAUCCCAAGUACGUUCUUGUUCAUUGCACCCAUGGGCAUAAUCGUACCGGUUUUAUGAUUGUUCAUUACCUAAUGCGCACACAACUCUCUAGUGUUACUGAGGCGUUAAAUGUAUUUGCUCAAAGGCGGCCUCCAGGAAUAUAUAAAGCCGAUUACAUUCAGGCGCUGUAUUCAUUUUAUCAUGAAAUUCCUGAAAGUAUCCCAUGUCCGCCGACACCAGAAUGGAAGAGGCCUUCUGAUCUUGAUUUGAAUGGUGAAGCUAAGCAGGACGACGAUGAUGACAACGGCGAGCCUGCACCAUCACCUGAACCUGCAGAUGAUAAGACCAUUACUAACGAUGAUGUCUUAGGGGAUGCUGUACCUUUUGACCAGCAAGAUAUCUUGCGUGGCAUAUGUUUUAGGUUGCUUGAUUUUGUGCCCAAUGGUAGAGCCAAUUCUCAGUUUCCAGGAUCUCAUCCAGUUUCUCUUAACAGCGAGAACCUGCAACUUCUGAGACAACGAUAUUAUUAUGCUACGUGGAAAGCUGAUGGAACACGAUACAUGAUGCUUAUAAUGCGAGAUGGCUGUUUCUUGAUAGAUCGGAACUUCUGCUUUAGAAGAGUUCAGAUGCGUUUUCCCAUUAGGAAUCUUACCGAUGGUUUCCACAACUUUACAUUGAUCGAUGGAGAAAUGGUUGUAGACACCAUACCAGGUGGUGGAUUGAAGCGGAGGUACUUGGCAUAUGAUCUAAUGGCAAUUAACUUUGCCUCCAAAGUCAAGUUGCCCUUUUCCGACAGGUGGAAACUACUUGAGGAUGAAAUAAUUCGUCCACGCAUGUAUGAGAGAAAGCAGUUUGAAACUGGUCUGAAAGGCAAUCCAUCAUACAGAUAUGACCUGGAGCUUUUCUCGGUAAGGAGAAAGGAUUUUUGGUUGCUCUCCACGGUGAAAAAAUUACUCAAGGAAUUUAUUCCAGCACUUUCACAUGAAUCUGACGGACUUAUAUUUCAGGGCUGGGAUGAUCCAUACGUGAAUCGUACCCAUGAAGGCCUUCUAAAAUGGAAGUACCCAGAGAUGAAUUCAGUUGACUUCUUGUUUGAGACUGGUAGUGAAAACCGUCAACUGAUUUUUCUCUAUGAGAGAGGCAAAAAGAAACUUAUGGAUGGUACCCGGGUGGUUUUUUCUGAUGAUGUAGAUCCAUCUUCGAUAUCAGGGAAAAUUGUUGAGUGCUCUUGGAAUAAACAGGAGGACUGCUGGUUCUGCAUGCGCAUCCGAGCAGAUAAAUCAACUCCUAAUGAUAUCAACACUUACAGAAAGGUAAUGAGGAGCAUCACGGAUAAUAUCACUGAAGACAAGCUCCUGGGUGAGAUGAAUGAGAUCAGUAGUCUUCCUAUGUAUGCCGAUAGGAAGGCUCAUGCUGAUAGAAAAGCCCAUGCUGAGAAGAUGGCUCAGCAGCAUCGAAGGAGAUGAAGGCGAGCAAUCUUAGCUUUCCUAAUUAGAACCAACAAUUCCGGCUGGCCUCCUGUAGCCUGUGUAUUUAGCAAUAAUCAAUUUUGGAUUUGAUAGCAAUUUUUAAACAACGGCUGCAAGUUAGUUGGUCUUACGAAAUCUUCAAUACUCUUAUAUUGGUCAUUGUAUAUGUAUCAUUUCAGAAUCCUGUAUAUCUUGCAUUAUGCCAUCACGAUUACUCUCGUGAUGAACGGUGAUUAGAAGAAACACAAUUACCUGCCA